UCCACUAGACUUCCUGCAACUAAAGUCCAAUGUUUCAGUUUAGUCUCAACAGAGUUUGAGUUGAACCCAUAACAUGGAGCUUUAGCUGCAUUCAGACGAAACCUUGAAUGCAGAGAAGAAACGACCUUUUAGUAAAACGAUGUCGUAUAACGUGGAGUCGGUUUUCCCGCCAGGUGAUGAGGAACAGAAAGGGGAGCCAGUUAACAUGGAUUGUGAGGAGGAAGGAGACGACUCUGAUACCAGAUGGAGUGAAGAACUCAGGCUUGUCCUCAUCGGAAAGACCGGAUCUGGCAAGAGUGCGUCUGGAAACACCAUCUUGGGCCGAAGGCAGUUCCUUUCACAGAUCAGUGCCAGCUCUGUCACCCAGAUUUGCCAGCUUGGGAGCACUGAGCUCUCUGAGGAAGAGGAGGAUGGCAAAACUGAAGCACAGAGGAGGAUAAGGAGGGUGGCGGUGGUUGACAUGCCAGGUUUUGGGGACACUCAUCUCAGCGUGGAGCAGAUUCAUGCAGAGAUAGCUAAAUGUGUGUCUCUCUCUGCCCCUGGUCCUCAUGCUUUCCUCCUGGUGGUGCCAAUAGGUCGAUAUACGGACAAUGAAAACCAGGCAGCCUGCGAGUUGACCAAGAUAUUUGGGGAGGAUGCACUCCGUCACCACACAGUGGUUCUUUUUACCAGGGGUGAUGACCUGGAGGGCUUAGCUAUUGAAGAGUACCUGAGGGACACUGCGCCUGCUGGGCUUAAGGCUCUGAUUGACAGGUGUGGGGACAGGUAUCAUGUACUCAACAACAAAGACCCCAGAAACUUGGCACAGGUUAAAGAACUCUUAAUGAAGGUGGACAAGAUGGUGAAGCAAACUAACGGAGGGUUUUAUACCAAUACCAUGUUUGUCGAAGCAGAGGCUGCCAUCAGGGAGGAGCAGAAAAGGAUGUUGAGGGAACGAGGGCAAGCAGAGGGGGAAGAACAAGGGGGAAACAACAGUAGCAUGGAAGAACAGGCUAAGGUUGCAAAACUAAGGAAGUGUGACUUGGAGUCUAACGGAACAGAGAGCACCGAUAGAGAAAUACAAGGGGUCAGGAGGAUGGAGUUAGAGAGAGGAAAUGAAGAGGAUUUUAGGGUGGAGAGAUGGACCGAGGAGAGCAGAGGCAGCCCCUUCAGCCUCCUGAGGGACAGAGUUGAAAGAUGUAGGGACCGGUUCAGAGGCAGGCGCAGAGACUACAGCGGGGCCUUGAACAGGCGACAGUCUCUCCGUUCGUCUUUGAUUCACAUGAGGAGGGAGGCUGCGCUCUCUGCUAAGGUGCUGGGGAGAAUUAAAAUCCUGGUGGCUGCUGGAGCCACAGGCAUGGCUAUGGGGGCAGUGUUUGGGGCUGCUGCCCCUUUAGCAGCUGCAGCCGGGGCAUCUCUUAUGGGGAACUCAGUUGGUUUUGCUGCAGGUCAGUUAGCUGGGAUGUCUGUAGCGGGAGGCACUGGUGUUGGGAAAGCUGUGGGGGCCAUAGUGGCAGCAGCCUCGGGGAAAACUGCAGUGGCCCUGGGGGCAGCAACAGGUGGAGUUUUGGGUGGUUCUGUUGGAGCCAUUGCUGGUGCUGAGGCUGCCAGUCCUGGGGAGGGUGCUCUGGAUGCCCUGGGGCAGGUUAGCAUUAUAGGGGCCUCCAUUGUGGGGGUGGCAGCAGGUGUGGGAGGCACCAUGGGAGCUGGAGCUGCUGUCAGCGCAGCUCUGGAGGGAGCAGCUUUCAGCACAGCAGCCCUCAGCGGAGCUGAAACUGCAUCAGUAGGGGCAGCAGGUGUAGCUUCUGUGGCUCAGAGUAGUUUAGUUUCAACAGCAGGUCAGCAAGCUCUGGCCACUGUAGGAAGUGUAACUGCAGGUACUGGGAUUCCUCAGUGUGCUGCAGUGGCUGCUGGUUCUCCCAGUGCUGUGUGUGGGUUAACAGGGCCCAGUGUGUCGUCAGACCCCUGGGGAACUGCGGCGGCAACUACACGCAUCCUGAGUGCGGUGGCUGAGAUAGGCAAGGCUGCAGCAGGCAUUGUCCUGGCUGGUGGUCUCGUAGUGAAGGUCGUAAAGGAAAAAGCCAGAUGUGGUACAGCAACAACAGAAACCAAUUACUCAGAGAAGAAGUCUUAUGAGAUCUAUUGGAAUAAAUAAAUACAGAUCAUAAUCUUAUUUUUCUAGCCUUGUGAUGAAGUACUAGACUCCACAGUAGCUUCCCUCAGUGAGACAUAUUGCUAUUACCAUAGAAAUGCAAACCACUUCAAAGAUGCACAGCUACCAGCCAGAGUAAUGUCACAUAAAACAAUAUCGGAUGAACAAUUAUUAUAGAAAGUCUAUGUUGGUUGUAACUGUUUGAGGUGCGCAAAAGAGUUGUGGCAUUUGUAUUGCUGUGUGGGAUGAUUAAUAAAGGAAGUACAAGGUCUUGUAAUACCUUUUGUUAAAAACAGAUUUUUAUCUUAAGUCAUUUAUUUUUAUAAAAUAAACAAAAAGUAAUUUAAUUCUGGAAACUGGGCUGCUGAAAUUUUGGGUGUCACAGUUGAGCCGUGUAUGCUCAGUUGAAUGAAAGCCAUGAAUUUCAUCAGGGUUUACAAUAUGACUUCUUUUUCUUUUGCCCUUUCUAAAGAAGAAUCACAGAAAUUCUCUUAAUGCUGUGUUUGCAGGGGGAGAUUAAUGUGUUAAUGUAAUAAAUCCUACUUAUAACAUGGUCGAAUGAACAAAAUGACUGAAGCAUUGAAAAGCAUUUCAAAUCUAAAGUGUGUGUACUUAAAGAUGACAGUGUGUGGUUGUACUGCAAUGUUUCACAUCCUGUCUCAUUUUGUGUUUAACAUCCUGUAAUCCUGUAAACAUAAGACAUGUUUUGCAGUGCUGUAGCUAUUAACACAGGUUUUGACCAACCAGUACCACCUGUUUUCAACUGCUGUAGGUGCUCCAACAGUUAAUCAGUGUGUUCACUUUGUUGCAGUGAAAUAAACAAAUACAGUAUUCUUAAAUUA